AUGCAAUUUUUUGACGCUGAAAGUCAUUCAUGCAAAGAUUCAAGUCGCCGUGCUGGAAGUGACUUAUCGCUUAAAUUGACAUCACUGGAACCAUUAACUCAAUUAUCUCAAACAAAUGAUGACCUUCAUCAGACUGAUCACCAGGAUCAAUGUUCCUUCUUGGAGGAUUCCAUUAGAUGCUCAGUUUUGAAUAUUUCUAAAAUAGCGCCCCUCGAAUGCUUUCGGUACGCAUUCACCGCAAUUACGAUUGAACGAUUUAUUGCUAUGUGCUUUUAUCAUCGUUAUCAAGAAUGGAAAUAUCCAAUUGCGCUUGCUUUCAUACCUUUGACGUGGGUUCAAUUAGCAUUAGGCAUCAAAAAUGCAGCAGCAUUGGUACUCCACCAAGGUCAGAAAACUAACAAAAGUUUUUGCUCUUCGGUCACCAUCAGUCCAGCGAAGUAUAUAAAUUUGAUAUUGGAAAUACCGCUGCUAAUUUGCAUAUUCUUUCUGCUUCUGAUAACACGCAUAAUCAGCAAGAGAAAAAUGAUACUUCAAAUGCGAGUAUCAAUGGAUUCAUUAUCAUCACGUUAUCAAAUCCGAGAAAAUAUGAAAACAUCAAAGACGGUGUUUAUAGCAACCAUAAUGUUUAUCAUAACUUCCCUCCUCAAUCUGUCAGGAGUAUUCUUGUUGAUACAUUUUCUCUCGGCCGACCUCUUGUAUUUUGCAAUUUUGAAAGAAAUCGUAAGUCUUUCGUUUGCAAUAUUCAUCAAUGCCAUACCGCUUUUACUGAUCGUCAGAGUGGGACGUAUGCAUGAUCAGAUCAUUGAAUGGUUACUUCCAUUUGGAUGCGGUCGAUCUAAUAGAGUGGGACAUGAAUUGUCAGGACAACGACAAAUGGAUAUUAUGAAGCAAAUGUGGGAAAAAGAAAUUCGCAGAUGA